AUCGGAUCGCCAUCUCUCGCGUGUGGCGGCGCUCGCAACUUCCCCGUUACCAGGGGAACGGAAGUGAUUUGCUUGUCGGUGGUGGUGAGCGCCCUCUCCAUUUGCCGCGGAAACCAGUUAUCGCCAGUUGCUCCGGAGAAUUGCGGCUGGAAGAGGCGGUCGGGCCAGGUGCAGUGUUUCCCGUCAACCGUUCGUUAUUUGUAGCGGGGUGGUGUACGUUCAAUUUCCGCGGUAAUUAUGACUCUAUUGCGGCAUCUUUUGACGAGAGACGGAACCCUAGUUCACAGACGUGGACUAAUGCCCUGAGGAGUGUUCAAAGCGAGGAUGACGUACUACGUGUUGGCUCGAUGCAACAGCGAGCAGUCGCGUGCUUAAUGUUAAAGGUGAGCCCGCAGACACUUGCGACACGUCGUCGUCGUCGUCGUCAUCCAGCCCGAACCACCCUGUCAUGGCGGACGACCCGAAGGGAGACGAGGGGCCCGACCUCCGCCCAGCUACGUUCUGCCGGUCUGAGAGUGCCCAGGACAACACGCAGAAGCACACUGAGAAGGUGCUCCACAGCUGCAAUAUCUGUCCUGCGAAGUUCAGCCACAAGACGAGCUUGCAGCGUCACAACAGGAUACACACGGGUGUGAAGCCGUACAAGUGCGACCUCUGUCCCGCGGCGUUUGGCCACAGCUCAAGCCUGCAGUACCACAAGAAGGUGCACGCGGGCGGCGACGCGAGGCAACACAAGUGCGACCUCUGUCCCUCCGAGUUCACCCGACCGCAGCACCUGAAGGACCACAUGCGGAUUCAUACGGGCGAGAAGCCGUACAAGUGCGACCUCUGUCCCGCCGAGUUCGUCCGGAGCACGUACCUGCGGUCUCACAGGAGGGCGCACACGGGCGGGAAGCCACACAAGUGCAGUCUCUGCGCCGCAGAGUUCAGCCACGGCGCGCACCUGCGGCGCCACACGCGGACACACGCGGGCGAGAGGCCGUACAAGUGCAGUCUCUGUCCCGCUGAGCUCGCGCGGCUCCAGGACAUGGAGAAUCACAUGCGUACUCAUGCCGAUGAGAAGCCGUACAAGUGCGAUCUCUGCACUGCAACAUUCAGUUACGUGACAGACUUGCGGCGUCAUGAAAAGACACACACCAGUGUAAGGGAAUACAAGUGCGAUCUCUGUCCUACUCAGUUCACCCUGCUGCGCAGCUUGAAGGAACACACCUGGAUUCAUACUGGUGUGAAGUCGUUCAAGUGCGAUUUCUGUCCUGCAGAGUUCAUCCUGAGCACGCACCUCCAGCGUCACAAAAAGACACACACUGGGCUAGAAGCUGUAGAAGUGCAGUCUUCGUCCCUCUGUGUUCACCCGGCUCCAACACAUGAGUUCAGCUACAGCACGAACUUGAGGCGUCACAAGACAUACGCUGGUGUAAGGAAAUACAAGUGCGGUCUCUGUCCCUCUGAGUCCACCCUGCUGCACUGCCCGAAGGAACACACAUGGAUUCAUACUGGUGAGAAGCCAUUCAAGUGCGAUUUCUGUCCUGCAGAGUUUGCCCUAAGCAUGCACCCCCAGCGUCACAAGAAGACACACAUGGAUGCAACAGCAAGCACUCAUGUUCUUCACGGGCCCUCACACGCUUGCGACUCAGCAUCGCCAUCUAGCGUGAAGCGUCCCUUUGUGACGAAAGAUCAGAAGGAAGAGAAGAGACCCGAGUGCGACCUCAAUCCAACUACGUUCUCCAGGUGUGAGUGUGCCAAGAACCACACGCAGAGGCACACUGACAAUCUUUGCCCUGCGGAGCUCAUCUGGGGCACAGACCUGCAGCGUCACAAUAAGACACACACGGCCGAGAAGCCAUACAAGUGCAAUCUCUGUCCUGCAGAGUUCAUGCGUAGCAAAUACCUGCAGGUUCACAAGAAGACACACACGGGCGAGAGGCCGUACAAGUGUGAUCGCUGUCCGUCUGAGUUCAUCCGGCUCCACCAUCUGAAGGAGCAUAUACUGGUUCAUACCGGUGAGAAGCUAUACAAGUGUGACCUCUGUCCUGCAGAGUUCAUCCGUAACACGUACCUGCAGAGUCACAAAAAGUCUCACACGGGCGAGAGGCCGUUCAAGUGCAGUCGCUGUCCCUCGGAGUUCAUCCGCCUCCACCACCUGAAGGAGCACUUAAGGAUUCAUUCUGAUGAGAGGCCAUACAAGUGCGAUCUUUGUCCCUCUAAGUUCACUCGGCUGCAGCACCUGAAGGAUCACAUACGGAAUCAUACUGGUGAGAAGCCGUACAAGUGUGAUCUUUGUCCUGCAGCAUUCACCCAGAGGUCGAAGCUGCAGUGCCACAAGCGGAAACACUCGGGCGAGAAGCCAUACAAGUGCGAUAUCUGUCCUGCAGCGUUUACCCGGAAUGCAACAGCAACCAAAAGUGUGCUCCAUGUAGAGGAUGAGCCCACAGACAUUUGUGAUCGAAUUUCAUCUGCUGGCACCUCUUCAGACGCACGCUUCAAUGUCAGUGCAACGACUGUACAACCUCCAUUCGACAACAGUGUCACAGUCACUCUGAAGGGUCAUCAAACAGAUUCUAAGCCCAAAGACAUUGCCCCAUAUGCGCACGCUGGCGAGAAGCCAUACAAGUGCGAUGUGUGUCCUGAAAAGCUCAGCCAUACCUCAAACCUGCAGCGACACAAGCCUACACACACAGCCGAGAAGCGACACAAGUGCGAUCUCUGCCCCGCAAUGUUCAGCCGGAGUACGCACCUGCGAGAACAUAAGCUGACACACACGGGUGAGAAGCCGUUCAAGUGCGACCUUUGUCCUGCAGAGUUCCGCCAGAACAGGCACCUGACGUGUCACAGGAAAACACACACGGGUGAUAGGCCAUACAAGUGUGAUCUCUGUCCUGCAGAGUUCCGACAGAGUAAUAACCUUCGGUGUCACGAGCGGACACACUCCGGCGAGAAGCCGUACAAGUGCGACCUCUGUCCUGCAGAGUUCACCCGUAGCUCGAACCUGCAGCGUCAUAGCCAGGCACACACGGGUGAGAAGCGGUACAAGUGCAAUCUCUGUCCUGCGGAAUUCACCCGCAAAAUGCGCUUGCGGGAUCACAAGCACACACACACAGGCGAGAAGCCGUACAAGUGCAAUCUUUGUCCCGCAGAGUUCCGCCGGAAUACGCACCUGCAGCAACACCAGCGGACACACACGGGCGAGAAGCCGUACAAGUGCGACCUCUGCCCUGCAGAGUUCAGCCGGAAUAUGUACCUGCAGCAACACAAGCAGACACACACGGGCAAGAAGCCGUACAAGUGCGAUCUUUGUUCUGCAGAGUUCAGCCGGAAUACGAGCCUCCGGCAACACAAGCGGACACACACGUGUGAAAAGACGUACAAGGGUGACCUCUGUUCUGCAGACUUACGACAGGACAAGCACCUGCAGUGUCUACAAGUGGACACACACGGGCAAGAAGCCGUACAAGUGUGAUCUCUAUCUUGCAGGGUUCACCCAUAGCAUCUCUGUCCUGCAGUGUUUAGUGAGAGCACACCCCUGCGACAUCACAAACAUGCAAGUACAGGCACACACGGGCGAGAAGCCAUGCAGGUGCCGUAUUUGCCCCGCAUAAUUCAACAAGAGCAUCCACCUGCGGCAUCAGAAGGAGCUUCACAUAGGCGAGAAGCCGCAGAGGAGCAAUCUCUCUUUUGCAUGGUUCAGCCGGAGCAUGCGUCCGCGCCUCCACGAGCAGACUCAUGCAGGCGAGAAGCCGUAGAAGGCUGGCUACCAUGAUGCAGAGUUCAGCUAGGGCAAUAACAUGUGGCAUUCCAAGCAGAGAGACAUGGGCAAGAAGCAAUACAAGUGCUAUGUUUUUCAUGCAGAGUUCAGCAAGAUCAUGCACCUGUGGCAUUUUGCUAGCAGAUAGACAUGGGUGAGGCGCCACACAAGUACUAUCUCUGUCCUGCAAAGUUCAGCCUGCGGCAUCACAUGCAGAUGCAUACAAGCGAGAAGCCAUGAAAGGGCGUCCACCAUGCUACACAGUUCAGCUAGGGCAAGAACCUGCGGCACUUCAAGCAGACACACAUGAACGAGAACUCGUACGCGUGGAGACUCUGCAGUUCUGCUUUCCUCCUCCGCAAACACGUGAUGCGCUCCAUGUACACACAUGGGCGAGAAGCUGUACAAAUCUGACUAUCUUGUUUUGUUCAGUUUAAAUUCUCUCCGUAUCAUUAAUAACAUUGAGGAGAUACA